UCUAUGCGUGCGUAUCCGUGUCCCCACACGCCUGAGGCUGGCUCCGGAAAGAUGGUCAGGGCACCUCUUCGCCCUGGAGGGAAAGUUGGGAUGACCGGGAACGACUGCGGAAGGCUCGGGGGAGAGCCGCAGUGAGACAGGAUUGACAGACAGACGGACUGGCAGCCAGGCAGGACAGGGGGUGGCUCCGCGGGGAAGAGGGGGGCCGCUGCCACCCGCUGGUGGCUAGCCAUAAACUGACUGCGCGGGGCGCAGCCGAGGCGGCGGCAGAGGCGGCAGCAUCCUAGGUGGCGGCGCCCGCUCCAUCCCUCCCUGCUGCAGGUGGUGGCCAGGGUUCCUUCCUCCCCGCGCCCCGGGAUCUGCUCUGCCUUCGUCAGAGACCGAAGACGAGAGGUGGGGUUGAGAGGGCGGAGCGGGGCGCGGUGGUGGUGCCCGGUGGCCCCCCAGCCGCGGCUGGCCAGAGGAGGAGGAGGAGGAGGAGGAGAGGCGGGAGGGAGAGGGAUGGGCUGCGCUCCCAGCAUCCACGUUUCGCAGAGCGGCGUGAUCUACUGCCGAGACUCGGACGAGUCCAAUUCCCCCCACCAGACCACUACCCUGUCGCAGGGCACGGCGACCACCUUACACGGCCUCUUCAUCAAGACCGACGCCGCCGACGCCAUCCCCUCGGUGCUAGCCUACCAGAGCCGCCAGGCCGGGGCCCCGGGCGCUCGCCGGGAGCGGAGGGAGCUGGGGAGCGGCAGCAGCAGCAGCGCAGGCACCGCAUCCUCUGCCCCGACCACCUGCAGGUUGCGCACCCAUUACUGCUGCAGUAGCGCCGAGGCCGAGACCCAGACCAGCUACACCAGCGUCAAGCAGGUUUCAACUGCUGAAGUACGAAUUGGGCCGAUGAGACUGACACAAGAUCCUAUUCAGGUUUUGCUGAUUUUUGCAAAGGAAGACAGUCAAAGUGAUGGAUUCUGGUGGGCCUGUGAUAGAGCUGGCUACAGAUGUAAUAUUGCUCGAACUCCAGAAUCUGCCCUUGAAUGCUUUUUAGAUAAGCACCAUGAAAUCAUUGUCAUCGACCACAGACAAGACCAACACUUUGAUGCGGAAGCUGUCUGCAGAUCAAUUCGAGCUACGAAUCCAUCAGAACACACGGUUAUACUUGCAGUUGUUUCACAUAUAUCGGGUGAACGUGAAGAAACAUCAGUCCUUCCUCUUCUCCAUGCAGGCUUCAAUAGGAGAUUUAUGGAGAAUAGCAGUAUCACUGCUUGUUACAAUGAACUGAUUCAAAUAGAACACGGAGAAGUUCGAUCACAGUUCAAAUUACGGGCAUGUAACUCAAUUUUUACAGCACUAGACCACUGUCAUGAAGCCAUAGAGAUAACCAGUGAUGAUCAUGUCAUUCAGUAUGUCAACCCUGCAUUUGAAAGGAUGAUGGGCUAUCACAAGGGAGAGCUCAUAGGUAAAGAACUCACUGAAUUGCCCAAAAGUGACAAAAACCGUGCGGAUCUCCUGGACACCAUUAACACGUGCAUCAAGAAGGGAAAGGAAUGGCAAGGGGUUUACUAUGCCAGAAGAAAAUCUGGAGACAGUGUUCAACAGCAUGUGAAGAUCACACCAGUGAUUGGCCAAGGAGGGAAAAUCAGACAUUUUGUGUCUCUCAAGAAACUGUGUUGUACUGCUGACAACAAUAAACAGAUACACAAGAUCCACCGUGAUUCAGGAGACAAGUCUCAGACAGAGUCUCACUCGUUUAGAUACAAGAACAGGAGGAAAGAAUCUAUUGAUGUCAAAUCAAUAACAUCUCGAAGUAGUGAUGCACCAAGUUUGCAGAAUCGUCGUUAUCCAUCCAUGGCAAGGAUUCACUCCAUGACCAUUGAAGCUCCGAUCACAAAGGUCAUUAACAUAAUCAAUGCUGCCCAGGAGAAUAGUCCAGUAACAGUCGCAGAAGCCUUGGACAGAGUUUUGGAAAUUUUACGCACCACAGAACUCUACUCUCCUCAGCUGGGCACAAAAGAUGAAGAUCCCCACACUAGUGAUCUAGUGGGAGGACUGAUGACUGAUGGCUUGAGAAGGUUGUCAGGGAAUGAGUACGUGUUUUCCAAAAACAUGCACCACAGCCAUAGUCAUCUUUCACUGCCAAUCACCAUCAACGAUGUUCCACCCUGCAUUGCACAAUUACUCGAUAAUGAAGAAAGCUGGGACUUCAACAUCUUUGAAUUAGAGGCUGUCACACAUAAAAGACCGUUGGUUUAUCUGGGGUUAAAAGUCUUUGCCCGCUUUGGGGUCUGUGAAUUUUUGAACUGUUCAGAAGCCACUCUUCGGGCCUGGCUGCAGGUGAUUGAAGCCAACUACCACUCAUCAAAUUCCUACCACAACUCCACCCACGCUGCAGAUGUCCUCCACGCCACCGCGUUUUUCCUGGGGAAAGAAAGAGUGAAGGGAAGCUUGGAUCACCUGGAUGAAGUGGCUGCAUUGAUAGCAGCCACUGUCCAUGAUGUGGAUCACCCAGGACGGACCAACUCUUUCCUGUGCAAUGCAGGCAGUGAGCUAGCUGUGCUCUACAAUGACACAGCUGUCCUGGAGAGUCACCACACUGCCCUGGCUUUCCAGCUCACGGCCAAGGACAACAAAUGCAACAUUUUCAAGAACAUUGACAGGACCCACUAUCGAACACUGCGCCAGGCAAUCAUUGACAUGGUUUUAGCAACAGAGAUGACAAAGCACUUUGAGCACGUGAACAAGUUUGUGAAUAGUAUCAACAAACCCAUGGCCGCUGAGGAAACCAACUCCCAUGGUGAAGGCAGUGACUGUGAAUGUAACCCCAUUGGAAAGAACUUUCCUGAAAAUCAAAUCCUGAUCAAACGCAUGAUGAUCAAGUGUGCAGAUGUGGCUAACCCAUGCCGCCCUCUGGAGAUGUGUAUCGAAUGGGCUGGAAGGAUCUCGGAAGAGUAUUUUGCACAGACGGAUGAAGAAAAGAGACAGGGGCUACCAGUGGUGAUGCCGGUAUUUGAUCGAAAUACUUGCAGCAUCCCAAAGUCCCAGAUCUCCUUCAUUGACUAUUUCAUAACGGAUAUGUUUGAUGCUUGGGAUGCAUUUGCACAUCUCCCAGCUCUGAUGCAACAUUUGGCUGAUAACUACAAACACUGGAAAAUGCUGGAUGAGUUAAAAUGCAAGAGCCUGAGGCUUCCAUCUGACAGCUAAAAAGGAAAGGCCACAAAUGGAGACCUCUUAAUCUACAAGCUACACUGUGAAUCAUUUAGUCAUGAAGAAGAGAGGGACAUGUGUAUUUCCCUUUAAAGUGAGGGGAACAGCUGUAGAUUAAGGAGCUAAUAGUUACUACUUCCUCUUAAAUUGCCCAAAUUUCCCAGUAUUUCAUUCCUGGAAAGUUGUGUACCUACCACACAGAUGAAUCGAUGUUCUAUCGAACAAGUAUUUUGAGGCAGGGCGGGUACUUUUCAGGAUCAUGUCCACUGUUGUCGGUUACCCCGUGUGCCUGUGCCCUUGUCAGACCUUGUAACAAGGAAGCAAAUGGCUACUUUACAUAUUCUGUUCACCUGGAUAAUGAGCAUAUAUAUGAAUUAGUGAACCCUCCCAUCUUGUCCUCUUGAGAAAAGAGUACAUGCCACCUAUGACUUGAUUAUUCCUUAAGAGUAUUGAUGUCAAUAAAUAUUCCUUAUGAAAAGCUUCCCUAGAGGAUGGCCACUUCUAAGAAGACCCAGCAUGCAAUGAACCAAACAGCUGGGCCUGAUUACCUGGGGAGAACCCUGUUGGCUUGAAAGCCUUCUUGCCAAACUGUGGUUCCCCUGGCCGGAAGAAAUAUAGGUUUAACCAAAAGAGUACUGGCCUAAUGAUAGCUGCAUCCAGUGGUACCAGGAACUCAUAUGGUUCUCUUUCCUACAAGAGAGAUUCUAAUAAAAGCCAUCCAUAAUGGGGGGAGAGAAAGGAUGUCUUGCUUUGGGGGAUUUAUGAACUUCAUAUAUCUCUAUCCUAUGGAGGCGGCAAUGAAACACAACACUGCACGUAUUAUACAAAAGCCAUUAAAUCUAAAUAUCUGUUCAAGAACUUUUUUUUUAAAGUUUGUAUACAGUUGCUGUUUAAAGAUUUUAUUAAAUCGAUCUACAUUUUCUGGGUCCAAGUCCGUGCAGUGUGCUAUGCCGUAUGCUAUAUGUAACCCUUCUUUUUGCCCACCUACUUGCCUAUUGGACAGCGCUCGUUUGCUUUUAUGAUGUAAAAAAUGUUACAAGAUAUGUAAAUAUGUUAGAAACCAAGCAUAUUGCAGGGUGUCAUUAAACUUUUAAAAUAUGAAUUGUAUGCUAAGAAGCUUCUAAAGCACAAAUGCAUAUUUUUAUACAUUUCCUUUCUCACAACUUUCUGUGCUUAACAUAAAUUCAGAUUUUGGAUUCCUCUUUCCCUUUUCCCAAUCAAUUCCUCUAUGUGUAUAUAAAUACUAGCAACCCAGCAAAUGGUGUAUUUGGUUUUUUUCUUUCAAAGGCUGCUCACUCCAUGCUGCAUCUCUGAGAGGUCUAAGCAGGGACUGAAUGUGACUGGUGAGGGAGCUGCUUUCUCAAACCUUAAAAUUUGCAAAUACAAAAGGACCUGGGACUGGCUCAGAUUUUGUAUGGCAAAGGGAAGUGUAGUCAGUAAAAGAAAAAGAGCUUGUUUUGGGUAGUCAAGGAAAAAAGACAAUGACUGUCAUUUUGCUGCGAACUACAUACUGUGCCAAUGUUUUUCUAUGUUUUGUACUAACAAAUGGAAGCAUUCAUGAAAUUUCCAUGCAAAGAAAUGCACCUAAGCUCUAUUUUUGCUAAAAUUGUAAUGGCAUCUUUGUGGAAGCAGCAGCUACCGCCUUCCGCUCUGUAUCAUAAGGCUACAUUGUGUAUAUUUGAUGAAGUUGUUUUUUGUGAAGUAUUUGUAAUGGCUUUUCCUACAGCUGAGCCCUGUUUUCCCUAUGGUUGUCUUAAUUUGAUCUGUUUGGCCUAAAUUUUUCCUAGUAUCAAGACUUUGGCUUUAGUGUGUAUUUUUUAAAUUUGACAGGGAUGGCAUUUUGAAGAUCUGAUUCAAACUUGUUCCAAAGACAAGAGUUCCAUUUUCAGGAACUAGUUAUGACAACGCAGGAUAGAAUUCAGCAGCUUACACAAGGCAAGAACAAUCUUUUCUAACCAUGUCACUCUCAGGAUCAUUUAUCAGGAGACUGACAUUUUCUAUAUGAAACAUUUCAUUUAACUCAGUGUUAUGUCAAAUUGAUUCCAUAUCAACUACAAAAUUAAUGUGGGAAUGUUAAAUGCUUUAAGACAGGCAGGUAAUAAAGCUCAAACGCAGAUUUGCUCUUUAUCUACCAGUAUAAUCUGCAGACUUCUGAUGAGUUGCUAAGCUCGGAGCUCAAUGUUCCAUGGAGCCAAUUUAAACAAAGCAUGGGAUUCUGUACCAUGUGUGUAUCAAAUAGGAUUCUAAGAUCAAGGCCCUUACAGCUGACUAAAAGAAAAGUGGGUAAUUCACUGCCCUCUUCUACUGAAUAGCUUCCCAGCAUUACAUGGGGCUUCAAGGUUCUGGAAGAAAUUAGACAAUGUGAGGCUCUCUACUUUUCUGAGAACAAUAAUAUUAACUAGAAAAAGAGAAGUUGAUCUCAAAAUGGUCUUUCUCCCUUUCCUAUUGGCCUGAACUAGGUAACACACUCUAUGUUUUAUGAGAAGUCCUUGCUGUACCUUCAUAUGGAAGACUACAAUUUACUUGCUUCAAUGUGAAUGUUGGCAACUUUGCCUUCUAGGCACAUUCUCCAUUCAGUCAGACCUGAGCCUACCAAAGGGAGGUAAAUGGAGGUGAAGAGUAGGUACCCCUGUAUCUGAAGCCUUUAAUUCUGUUACAGAGGCUAUGUGUUUUAUCAGUGAUUGAUAAGCUAUGUCACUGAGUACUGGUUCCACUAUGGUGGCAUAUGUCAUUUUGUUGAUAUGAAGUACAUUAAAGAGACUACAGAAGAAAAAUACAUACAGAAUAUUCCCAAGUCCUGGCUAUAAUUUAGUGCCAUAGUUAGAAAGUUCAACUUUGAGCACACGUGAUUAAGUGGGCAGCAAGAGUCAAAGCCCCUGCCAGAAUAUAGAAUCCAUCCACUGGUUCCUAUGAUAUUAGUGCUUCCCUCCUAUCCUACUAUAUUAAAAAAAAAAAUCCACCUCCUGGAAAUUAAUGUAGGACUAGCUCAAUUAAUGAGCUGUGAUCUGUUCAUAAGCCAAGCUGCUAUCAAUCUGUCAGGUCUAAAAAUCUGCUAUUUCACUGAAAACUUAAAAGAUAAUGUACCAGAGAAUAAUAUUCAUUGCGAAGGACAGGCAUAUACAAAUUUAGUGUACUACUGCUUCCUAAAUUCAACAUUUGGGCUCUAUUAUUUCACUCUGGGUAAUCUUCUAUUACACAUUCCUGUUUUCCACCAGCAAUUUAAAUUGUUUGGCCCAUAGACUCUUGUAAGGAGAAAGUUUAUGUAUGUAUGAACAGUUUAUAAGUAUAUCUACAGAGUAUAUAUUCUGGAAAUACAAAGUUAGCAAACGAGGGGCAGUGAUUUAUCUAUUAAUUCCUGUGUAAUUUGUUGAGGAUGCCUGAAGACACUGCCUUCAUUCAUGGCAUGAUUCAGAAUUUAUUAGGCAAAAUCUGGUCAGUAAUGGGUGGAUAAUUUGUAUUUAGGAAACCCAAAGAUUAGAAAGGGCCCCUGAGAAUUCAGCUAGUGACACCUUAGCUAAGACCUUACAGGAAAAGAGGGUCAUUCCCAGACAGUCUAUUGUUUUUAAAGCCCUUAAAGAUGAUUCUAUAUUUCAGGUCAAGGAGCAUUUAUUAAGCACCUGCAUCGUGCUAAGCUUUGGAGAUAAAAAGACAUAAAACCAAAUAGUCCCUGGCCUCAAAGAGCUUACAUCUUACUCUGGAAUAAAAGGAGAGUAAAGCAUCCCUGAGAUGGGCCAGCAAUAUAGAGGAGAUGGCUUACUGCAGCAAGUAUUGCUCAAAUUUCCCUGAAGUGAACCAUUUCCUCCUCCAAGAUCAUCCUUAAGAGAUAAUUCUCACCUCCAAAUGGGAGCCCUGGCCCUUCUGUCUCCAUCCCCCUCCACCUAAAGGAACAAGAAGUCUGCUGUGAUCACUAUGAAAGCAUUUCAGAAGGAUAAAGAGAAAGACUAACCAAAUCCAGGCGGAAUAUCAGUGAGAAGUCAAUGAAAUCUGAAAUGAAGUACAGGCCUAGCUGAUUAGUUACAUGUCCAUCCUAAGGCCCAAUUUUACCUGUUCACUUCAGUUUUGCUAAAGGGCCUCAGUUUAUAAAUCAUCGGUCACUCAUUAAUAUUAUAGGGAUCUAAUCUUUACCUAUUUUAAGAUUGAGUAAAACCCAAACUAAUAUCAUCUUUGUUAUUACCUUUCAGGGCUCAUAUUUUUCAUCUGGAAGUUGUAGGUGUUGAACAGCCCCUUCCAAACUUAAAAUUAUAUGAUUUAAUCUAAUUAUUCUGGUAGUUAUCAAAGGUAAAGACUGAUUUAAACAAAAGAAAAGGUAUUUGAAGAGUUCAGUUAAAGGUCUGAAUAAAGUUUUCUUAGCUCCUGAUUCAGAAAUAAUGUAUACAUUGGAAGAAAAAUACCUUUUGAGAAAUGAUUAAUGCAACUAUGACAGGCAUACUGUUGAAUUCCCUUUAUUAAAAUAUUUUCACUCAAGUCAUUUAAUCUUACUUUAAAAUAAUUCUAAAAAUAAUCCUACUCAACUUUUUAAAUGUGUGGACUCCCAGUUUCCUCCUCACUCCUAGCUCUGAAAAAAUGAUGAAGGAAUUAGGGAUAUGCAGUAAUCUAAUGACGUGGCGAUUAGGCUAAAAUGUAUGAUAACAUGAUUAAAUAUUAGGAGUCAUUGAAUAAAUGGAGCCUUUUUUCAACUUUCAUUUCUGAGUCAUGUUAAAAUGAAUAAUGGGAGCCUCUGUCCUUCAUUCAUUAAUGACUAGCUAGUUGAAUCUUGAGCUAUCAGCAGCAAUUCCCUUGCCCCAAAUAGCUAUGCUUCUUACCAAUUCAGCUUUCUGUCCUAAAACAUCUGAGGGGAUAGCUGCUGUUCCAGUACCAAUCAAGCCAGUAACAGUUUAUGUCAGUUCACACUGGGAAAUAGCAUGAGAAAUUUUUUUCAGUUCAAUUUCAAUUCUGGUUAAAAUGAAGUCUUUAGAAUAAUGCUUUGGGUUGAAUUCCAGCAAAGGGAGGAGGAAAAAAAAAAAACAAAAAAACCAAAACCUACACAUAGAAUCCCAAUUGGUGUCAUGCUCAUUUAGAUUUUAGGGACUAAAGAAAAUAGAAUUUCAUUUAAAUAUUUAAGCCUAGUUGUCAAAAGAGGGAAUAAAGCCCUACUAAGCUCAAAUGGCUUUUUAAGUUUCACAUAGUCAUUUAUCCCCAUAACAAAUUCAAGGUAGCCUUAUAGAGUACUAAUGGUAUUCGGAGACAAUGUGAUUAGAUGGGAGGCACUGAUUUCUCCCAACCAUUCUGAGCCAGCAGGGUAUGACAACAGCUUCCUUACCUGCAAAAGAAGGGAGCUUGAAGAGGUUCCUUUCUCUCCCCCUUUCCCACUCCACCCCAAUGAUUCAAAGAAGAAACUCAAAACAGAACCACUUCAGUCAAAAUCACCGUACCUGACAAAGGCAGACCAAAUCUCUAGAUGUCCUAAGGUUAAACUUAGAUUAACUAUCAAGCCUUUCAAAAUCUCCAAGGUGUCAUUUAAAGACUGUCAACUAUAGAUUAAGUUCCCUAAAGGCAAAAUCACAGGAUUAUAGAUCCUGGUAGGAACCACAAUAGCCAUUUAGUCAGUCCCCCUCAAUUUACAAAUGAAGAAUUAGAGUCCCAAAGAGAUCCAGUGAUGUCCCCAAGGUCUUCUAAGUAACAAACAGCAAGAGGUAGAAUUAGUACCCAGAUUCUCUGACUCCAAAUCCAGUCAGUGUCUGCUAGUUUGCAUUCUUGUAAAUGCAAACCUUAGGGGCAGCUAGGUGGCAUAAUGGAUAAAGCACCGGCCUGGGAUUCAGGAAUACCUGAGUUCACAUCUGGUCUCAGACACUUACUAGCUGUGUGACCCUGAGCAGGUUACUUAACUCUA